AUGAGCACAGAUAGACCGACUUUGGAAGCGAUCUUGGAGAUGGGGCGCAGGUCUUCACCCGACACAGCGUCGUCGCCGUUUUCGCUGGUGAUGUUUCAUGACUUUCUCAAAAAAUCGCACUGUGAGGAAAACUUGCAGUUUAUCUUGAUCACAGACUCGUUUUUGGACAGUAACGAGAGUUUCCCCGUCAAGCUCUGGAACAACAGUGUCUAUCUCCAGUUUAUCCGGCUGGAUUCGCCGCAGGAAUGCAACCUCCCGCAAGAAAUCCGGGAAAAGUUUGAUGAGUGCUACGUGAGCCAGACGCGGCCGUCCCGCGCCGACAUCGAGGCUGCACGCAAGCACAUUCUGCUGUUGCUUCAAGACGCCUUCAACAAGUUUAUCAAUAAGCAGCGCCGCUGCUCCGUCAAUACCUGUCCGUCGUGCAAAAGCGCGGGCGCAAGCGCGGGCGCAAGCAUGCCGGGCACCUCCAACAUCGCGUCCACGUGCACGGGCGCCAACACUGGUAACUCCUCCCCCGUGUCUCUCCUGUCUCCCGACACGCCGAUCCGCCUUGAAGGGUAUCCGUUCCCCAGCGAAUACGCCAUCGAAGACGACGACGACGCGGCCGCGACGCCCAUCAACUGCCUGUCGCCGAGCGGGGUGCCUCUCGAGCGCAACGUGCCGUCCACGCCGUCGUCGUCGUUUUCCAGCAGCAGCGCUGGCUUCAACUCUCUGAAGCUCAAGCACACGGGCAAGAAGCUCGUGCACAAAUUCAAGUUUCGUAGGAGCAGCUCCGGAAGUUCUGGAGGCUCCUCUACUUUACCCUAG